GGUUUUUCGGCUAUUCUCCAUUGCUGUUCCUCUUGAAUUUACGACAUCUACAUCAGUAAUCGGUUCACAGAUCUUUUCGACACUAUCGUCGAACACCUCCAUUAUAUACUAUGCAUCUUGCGGGUUUUUAUGCACAAUGGAAUCUCUGACAGCGACAAAGAGCAAGGUGUUCAGUGGCAUUCUGCUGGGUGGCCGGUCCCCCUGUAUAUAACCAGCCGCUAAAACAUUCCCUUAAACUCGCUAGUACUCACAGGCACUCUUCCCCACACUCCUCAUGGCCCCACUUUCCUUAGCACACACCAUCGAAGUCAUCUUCGACCGCACUCACGUCUCUAGAAUGUGGUCCUGGAAAUCCGUCAAUGGAAUCAGCGGUCACGUCGAUCUCAACGCGUCUCCUCAAGUCUCGAUUCACUGCGUCGAGGGUCUCCGACUGCGCCGCGUCUUUCGCGCUUUUAUGGGUCUAUAUGGAUGCAAACCCACCACCCCAGUCAUCAUCAAAGUGGCGUUCACUGAGGACAAGCGGUCUCUCCUCCAGCGGGAGGAGAACGUUUAUAAUCAGUACCUGAAAGAUUUGCAAGGCAGUUUCAUUCCCAAGUGUUACGGAUUAUUUGAAGGCUCCUUCGGUGGACAGAAGAUCACUUGUCUCGUGUUAGAGUACUGUUCCCCUGAAAAUAUCAGACCUGUUGACUAUAGCCGGCAAGUUAUGACUGCGAUCAACAAAAUUCACCAAGCUGGGAUUGUCCACCAAGAUAUCGUUCAUAAAUCAAAACACAUCCUGACGACAUCUGACGGAGUCCGCAUCAUCGACUUUGCCACAGCGCAAUCCCACAAGUGCCCGACGAUGCCGCUAGCUUUUGUACGUGAAGUGAGGCAUUGUGAAGAAUUGGUGUCCCUGGAAUAUGAAUGCGGGUUUUCGGAUGACACAAAUGUGGACGGGAUACACCAAAGGGCGCCGGGCCCAUCGCCUUUACCCGACGGGGGUUUACACUCACGCUUUGGUUUAAAGCCAUCAUACCAAAAACUAUACCCUGAGUUGAGUCGGUCCCAUAGGCACGCCCAUUUCUAGUUCGCAAGCACAUUUACUUACGAACUAUAUCGCAUUACUUACUUAGUAAGACGUAG